AUGAACGGACAGGUGACGCAGACCGAGCAAGCUCUGAAAGUCGAUACAGACAGUUUUCUUCAUCGGACGGUUCGGGAUCUAUUUUCCCUCGCUGGUCGGACCAUUGUGAUUACAGGUGGCGCACGGGGCAUUGGCCUUGCCUUAGCCUUCGCCGUGGCUGAGGUUGGGGCGAAUGUUGCCGUGAUUGACUUGUUGUCCGAGCCUCAUCAACAUUUCUACAUGCUUCAGAAGGACUUCAACGUCAAAGUAAAGCUAUAUCGAAGUGACGUGACGAACCAUGGAGCACUCAAAAACACUUUCGAGGAGAUCUUUCGGGAGUUCGGACGAAUUGAUGGACUAAUCACGGCCGCUGGGAUAUGCCCCGACGAGCCUUUCGUUCAACGAGACCCCGAUUCUGUGGCGAAAUGCCUCAACAUCAAUGUCUUGGGCACGUAUUACGCUGCUCAGCUGGCAGCCAAGCAAAUGAUGCGCCAGCAGCCUCUUGACAACAGCAGUUCCUGUGGAUCCAUCGUCUUCAUCGGCUCAGUGGCAGCAUAUACAUUGAGCAAAGGACAGAACACCAGCGACUACUGUGCCAGUAAAGGAGCCGUUGUCGCUCUUGCAAAGGCCUUGGGAGUGGAGCUGGCACGGAAUAGGAUCAGAGUCAACAGUAUUUCACCAGGGUAUAUGAUGACAGAUAUGACUCUAAACCUCAUGGAAACUUACCCUCACCUAGCUCAUAUCAUGGCGACCGAACCUCCCAUGAGACGUAUGGGGGACCGAACCGAUCUCAAAGGGUUGGCGGUAUACUUAUUAUCUGAUGCUAGUUCGUAUACAACAUCGGAGGAUAUUUUGGUUACUGGUGGUAUACAUGCUGGGCGUGUGCUUUGA